AUGUAUAACAGCACUCUAGAGACUGAUGGCAUCAGUUAUCUGGGCUUGAGCCAAAGCAACUUGAGCUGCAUUAAGAGUGAUGGCUUCAAGUACACCAUGUACACCUCAGUCUUCAGCCUGGUCUUCAUAGUUGGGCUGCUCUUCAACAUGGUCGCAGUCUACAUCUUUGCCUGCACGCUGAAGCUGCGCAACGAGACCACGACCUACAUGAUGAACCUGGUGGUGUCCGACCUGCUCUUCGUCCUCACCCUGCCCUUCAGGAUCUUCUACUUCAUCAACCGAGACUGGCCGUUCGGCAGGGUGCUCUGCCAGCUCUCAGUCUCCCUCUUCUACACCAACAUGUACAGCAGCAUCCUCUUCCUCACCUGCAUCAGCGUGGACCGCUUCCUGGCCAUCGUCCACCCAUUCCGAUCGCAGGCGCUGCGGACGAAACGGAACGCCAAGCUGGCCUGCUGUGCCGUGUGGGUGUUGGUGCUGUCUGGCAGCCUGCCGACGGGCUUCCUCCUUGACACCACCUCGCUCAGGAACGAAAACUCCAACUCCUCCGUCAACUACUGCUUCGAGAACUUCUCCAACAAGCAGUGGCAGUCCAGUCUGUCCAAGGUGGUUGUGUUUAUUGAGACAGUGGGAUUCCUGAUUCCGUUGUUACUCAACGUCUUCUGCUCUGUCUCGGUCCUCCAAACGCUGCGCCAGCCCCAGGCCAUCAACCGGGGCGGCCAACUCAACAAGACCAAGAUCCUGAGGAUGAUCGUGGUUCAUCUCCUCAUCUUCUGCUUCUGCUUCAUCCCUUAUAACGUCAACCUGGUGUUCUACGCCCUGGUCCGCACCAAGCUCCUGAAAGGCUGCAUUGUGGAGUCGGUGGUGAGGACCAUCUACCCUAUCACCCUCUGCAUUGCGGUCACCAACUGCUGUUUCGACCCAGUCAUCUACUACUUCACCUCCGAGACCAUCCAGAACUCCAUCAAACGGAAGUCGAUGGCAAUUCGCAACAACAAUAAGAUGUGCGUGGGGCUUCAGACAGAUACGCUGAAGAGCCAGAGCACCAUGCAGAACAACCUGACGACUCAGAGAGAAAAAGUAUUUCACAAUGAAUCCACUGUGUGA